CAUACUGGAGAUCAGCACAGCACAAAUGCACACUGACUUCAUUUUUAUUACCGCAGAUAAGCACAAUGGAAGGACUAGUAUAAAACUAGGUGUUGUUAAGCCCUUAGAGUAUCCGAAUCGUGAUUAAUAAAGUAGCAGAGAAGACAACCUGGGAUCCCACAUGGCUGGAAGUCAUAGUAGUGGAAAGCCUUUCAAGUUUCCGCAUUGUGAGUACUCCAGUACUCGACAGCAAUCUGUACAACGCCACAUUGAUGCAAAACAUGGCGUUGAAUCAAGGGAGUUAUCGGCAGUGGAUCAUGAAAUUCCCUAUUCAUGUCAGCAAUGUGAUUUUUAUUGUUCUACAGUUGAAGAAUUUGAAACUCACGUGGCAUACGUACAUUCAAUUGAAAUUUUGUUCAGGUGUCCGGAGUGUGAGUACUCCAGUGGCCAAGAAGAGAACCUGAUAUCCCAUAUGGCUAGCGAGCAUCGUAACGAGAAGCCUUUCAAAUGUCCGUAUUGUGAGUACUCCAGCAACCGAAAACAAUCUGUACUACGCCACAUAGCUACAAAACAUGGCGUUGAAUCAAGCAAGUUAUCGUCGGUGGCUCAUAAGAUUCGCUAUUCAUGUCAGCAAUGUGAUUUCUAUUGUUAUACAGGAGAAGAAUUGGAAAUUCACGUGGAAUCCAUACAUUCUACUGAAAUUUUGUUCAGGUGUCCGCAAUGUGAGUACUCCAGUGGCAGAGAAGAGAACCUAAAAUCCCACAUGAUUCUCAAGCAUCGUGGUGAAAAGCCAUUCAAGUGUCCGCAUUGUGAGUACUCUAGUGGCAGAGAAGAGAACCUAAAAUCCCACAUGGUGCUCAAGCAUCGUGGUGAAAAGCCAUUCAAGUGUCCGCAUUGUGAGUACUCCAGUGGCAGAGAAGAGAACCUAAAAUCCCACAUGGUGCUCAAGCAUCGUGGUGAAAAGCCAUUCAAGUGUCCGCAUUGUGAGUACGCCAGUAGUCGACAAUAUCACCUGAAAUCCCACAUGGCUAGCAAGCAUAAUGGUGAAAAGCCUUUCAAGUGCCAGCAAUGUGAGUACGCAUGUAAACGAAAGCGAUACCUGAAAUACCACGUGGCUGCUAAACAUAGGGAUGAAAAGCUGUUCAAGUGUCAUGAGUGUGGGAGCACGUGUAAAUUAAAAACCGCCUUGAUAUCUCAUAUUGCAUACAUGCAUUCAAGUGAAAAGCCCUACAAUUGUGCGGAAUGCGGGUACUCGUGUUUUCGAAAAUAUCACUUGCAACGCCACGUGGAAGCCAAGCACUCAAAUAGACAACCCUAAAUCUGUUUGAAAAAUUAGCCGAAAACAAGACGUGGAUCUUCACUUGUCAUUCGAAGAAAGCCACCACGUCUAUCCUUUAUAUAAGUAACUAUGGAAAGUCUAAAGGGAUAGGGAUGUUAUUCUGAGUUGGAUUACCAUGAAUAAAAUUCCUCCCAUCCGUCUACUAAUACCCAUGGGAAGUUUUGACUUCGUAGGUGUGGAAUUCAAGCACUAACCUUGGUUGUGUUCUGCCAAGUAUUCAAAAAGAUGCUGUAACAACUAACAAAUUGAAUGAAGGAAUAAUUCUGGGUUUAAUAUCGUAUGUUAGCAAUUGCAUGGAUAAAUUUUCUACGGAUUUUUAUAGUUUCGGAAAGUCAUGAUUGAAUUGGGAUACAAUUCGACUCAACCAGCCACGAAAACUUUGUGUACACUAACGGAGUAAAAAAUGUUGUUUUCGCGGGAGAAUAAAUACAUUUCUUGCUCUGACUGCAAAGGCAGCAAUGUCAUCGGCACUUGUUCGAAGCUCAUGCAUGGUGGAAAUGCUGACAAAACAAUCGCUCAUUGAGACAUUCGUGGUCAAAAGUCUCAAAACCCUCUUAUAUAUACUUUUGUGAUGGGUGAAAACUUCCGGAAAUGAAAACCGAGUAGAAUACAAGUUGAAUGAUCACGGUGUGUUAAUACAAAUUUUCUUUCUUGUGAUCACGGAUAUGCGAUGUUGGAAAGUCAUCUUAAUAUUACAUACAUUUUUCUAAUCUUUCAUGCAUCAUCCAAUGCAUCAGCUUAGGUGCGCGAAUAAGGUGGUUCUUUCCUUCAUAUUUCUUGAUCAAUGACCACUUCAUUCGGAAUAUUUUCAUUCGAGAUGCGCGAAUUUUACUUUACUUACUUUUCCACCAAGACCGUCUGUUAAAUCAUUCCGUUGUGUUGACUUAUUUAUUAUCAAUUAGCUGCUUUUAAACCCUAAUUUUAAGGUGUGGAUUGAUAAUUUGCAUUAUA